ACUCUCGCGGAACCCUCGCGAAUACAUACCGACAGCAAGAAACACGGCGCAUCGUCUGCGCGUUGUUUUAUAAUCCGACAUGGCGACGACCGAGGUCUAUGUUCGCGAGUCGCGGCGACGGUACUCAUGGCCCGAAGUCCAACUCAAUCUGUGGAUUUUUGUCGUCCUCGCAGGAGCAGCGACAGUGCUGGGGAUAAACGCGUGGUUUAUAUCAGUCCAGAAUCAAUUAAAAGUUGGAGUGCCAUGGUUGUUUACGUUCGCCGUCAUAACAGGCGGUCUGACCAUUCUGUUCCUCGUCAUCAUCAUGAUCCUCGCCGGGCGGCGCAUGCUAAUACCCAACGGCAUCCUGCUCGGCUCUUUCAUUCUCUUCGUUCUAUGGGUCACGGUGCUGAUAGAGACCGCGAUCCAAUUGUACGGCAACGGGAAUGUCAAUAGCAAUUGCAACACAUAUGUCAACAACCAGGAAUACACGGGCGUUUCGAUAGAGACGUUGGCCUGGUUGACGCAGAGCAACAUCUGUUCGUGUUGGAAGGCCUCAUUCGCCUGGUCCAUCAUUCUAGCAGUAUUAUUUCUGUGGAUGAUGAUACUGUCGUGGCAGGUCCAGCAAUCUGAUGACUAAAAAGGGGGAGGACGAAAAACGUUGUUGCAAUUUCUUUUCCUAUGUCACUCAACAAGCGAUAAUGAGAUAUUUUCAGCAUAUACGGGUUCGAAACGGUUUUGAUGCAUGUCAUGGGUCAACGAGGAUUGUUCCUCUACUCUACGAUAUAUGCGCAUAUUUGGCAUGGAGUUGUUUCAAGCGUGGCGAGAUUCUGGAUCCCAUUUUCUAAAGUCCAGCUAUAGAAGUAACAUCUCUAUGUUCUUCAAUAUA